UCUUUCUAUUCCUUUAUAUAUUUACUCCUAUCUCAAAUGUUCUUGGAGACUGACUACUCUCAUAAAACAUUAAACGCCAACCGCAACUUUCUCGUUUUUCAAUGGGACAUAAAGGUUUGAAGCGGUCUUGUGUUGCGGUGGCGGUUGCAUUAUUAGCCAUGGUUCAUGUCUCUGUUUCGGUUCCGUUCGUAAUGUUUCAUGGAAUCUCAGCUCAAUGUUCGAAUGAUAGAGAUGCUAACUUCACACAGCUUCUCACUAACCUCUCUGGCUCUCCUGGCUUUUGCGUAGAAAUCGGAAAUGGAGUAGCCGAUUCAUGGUUAAUGCCACUCACACGGCAAGCGGAAAUAGCGUGUGAGAAGGUGAAGCAAAUGAAAGAAUUGAGUCAAGGAUACAACAUUGUCGGAAGAUCUCAGGGGAACCUAGUGGCUCGAGGCUUGAUCGAGUUCUGCGACGGUGGACCUCCGAUUUACAACUACAUAUCCUUGGCUGGUCCUCAUGCUGGGAUAUCCUCUGUUCCUAUGUGUGGUUCUGGUUUAUUCUGUAAGUUAGCAGAUGACCUAAUCAAGGGAGAUAUUUAUAGCGACUUCAUUCAAGAUCAUCUUGCUCCUAGUGGUUAUCUCAAAAUCCCUACUGAUAUGAAAAAGUACCUCGAAAGCUCUAAGUAUCUACCUAGGCUUAAUAAUGAGAUACCAAACCAAAGAAACUCAACUUACAAAGAGCGUUUUGCCAGUUUACACGUACUGUGGUUACGGAUUUGCUAUGUUGACUCAGCAACUGUCGUCUAG